AUGUGGCCCGGAUGCAUCGGCGUCCUAGGAUGGAUGCUGCUGCUGCAGGUGGUGCCAGGGGCCGCAGGUGGCCGUCCCUGUGACGCCCGGGACUUUGGGCACGGCUCGCCUGUAUGCGCCUGCAGUGCCACGUACUGCGAUGCACCGGCCCCCCUGGCGUUGCCGGCCCCCGGUGCCUACGUCAAGUACGAGAGCAGCAAGGCCGGCAAGCGGCUGGAGCGCAGCGAGGGCAGCUUCCAGCGCAACUCCCAAGUGCCAGGUUUCCAACUCACCCUGGACACGGCACGGCGGUACCAGAAGGUGAAGGGCUUUGGUGGCUCCAUCACGGACUCGGCCGCCAUAAACAUCCGGUCUCUGUCCAAAAAGGCCCAGGAGCACCUGCUCCGCUCCUACUUCUCCGAGGAAGGCAUCGAGUACAACCUCGUGCGUGUCCCCAUGGGCAGCACUGACUUCUCCGUGCGCCUCUACACCUAUGCUGACACAGAGGGCGACUUUGAGCUGAAGCACUUCAACCUGACAGAGGAGGACACGCAGAUGAAGAUCCCCAUCCUGCGUGCAGCCCAGGCAGUGGCCAAGCAGCCACUGUCACUCUACGCCAGCCCCUGGACCUCGCCGGUGUGGAUGAAGACCAACGGGGCCAUGACAGGCCGUGGCACGCUCAAGGGCAGCCCCGGGGACAAGUACCACCACACCUGGGCGCAGUACUUCAUCCGCUUCCUGGAUGAGUAUGCCAAGCACAACCUGACCUUCUGGGCUGUGACAGCGGGGAAUGAGCCCACGGCUGGCGAGAUCAUCUUCUACCCCUUCCAAUGUCUGGGCUUCUCCCCUGGGCACCAGCGGGACUUCAUUGCACGGGACCUGGGCCCCGCACUGGCCAACAGCUCCCACCGCCAUGUCCAGCUCAUCAUCCUGGAUGACCAAAGGGUGAUGCUGCCCUACUGGGCACAGGUGGUGCUCCAUGACCCUGUGGCCGCAGGCUACAUCAGUGGCAUUGGCAUCCAUUGGUACCUGGACUUCCUGGCGCCCAUUGACCUAACACUGUCCAUCACCCACCACCUCUUCCCAGACUACUUCCUCCUGUCCACGGAGGCCUCCACUGGCUCCUACUUCUGGGAACCCAGGGUGGUACUAGGCGACUGGCAGCGCGGCAGCAAGUACAGCCACAGCAUCCUCUCGAACCUCAACAGCUACGUGACGGGCUGGACUGACUGGAACCUGGCCCUGGACCUGCAGGGGGGGCCCAACUGGAGCAAGAACUAUGUAGACAGCCCCAUCAUCGUGGACAGCAGCAAGGACGUCUUCUACAAGCAGCCCAUGUUCUACCACCUAGGACACUUCAGCAAGUUCAUCCCUGAGGGCUCCCAGCGCGUGGGGCUGACUGUCACCAAGCGGUGCCGUCAGUGCGACCUGGAGCACGCAGCUUUCCUACGUCCCGACGGCACUGUUGUCCUUGUAGUUCUCAACAGGUUCCCCACAGAGGUGCCAUUUGGGAUCUUGGACCCCCAGGCUGGGUUCAUCGAGGCCACCGCACCGGGCAACUCCAUCCAGACGUUCCUGUGGAAGCAGCCAGCUUAG